CUGUUAUCAGCUAGCUCCAACAACUUGCAUAUGGUCGCGUAAUAGUUUAUAUAGUUUAUAAAGAAUUUAAUUGUGUUCUGGACGAUUUAGUCUAGUCUAAAUAUCCAAGUGAUAACACAAACUUUGGUUCGGACGUUGCAUACGUUUGGAAAAUGCUAAGAUUACCUAGUUUCGUGCGACCAUUAAGCCGACAACUGCGGUGUUUUUCCACUGGCUCGUCUUCCUGUUGGGCCAAAUCGAGCAACGACAAAAACGGGCAAAAUGAUCCACAAGCACCCAACGAAGAAAAUCCAAUGUCAAGAACAUUCAACAUUUUAAAGACGGAUUUAAAUAAAUUUACGGAUAAAUUCAAAUCCAACAAAACAUCGACUCAGGAGGAAAUAAGUGAUGAAGAAAAACUGAAACGUUUUGAAGGUUGCAGUUCGCAUGAUGGCCCCCAGGAUAUCUUUCAAACACAUUGUGAUGUUCUGGUGAUUGGAGGUGGUGGGGUCGGUUCUUCAGUGGCCUAUUGGCUCAAACAAAGGGCCAGGGAUGGUCUAAAUGUCGUCGUAGUGGAAAGGGACUCCACGUAUGAACGAGCCUCUUCAGUUUUAUCAGUUGGCGGGCUACGACAACAAUUCUCACUGCCGGAAAACAUACAAAUGUCUUUGUAUGGUGCGGAUUUUAUGCGAGAUGUAAAGGAGCAUUUAGGCGACGAUGUUGAGUUGAAUUUUACGCCACACGGUUAUCUGGUUCUGGCCUCUGAGGAAGGUGCUGAAACACUGACGCGUAAUUCUAAGUUACAAAAUGAAUUGGGUGCCCGCAAUGAAUUGCUGAAUGCGAAUCAAUUGAAGGCGAAAUUCCCCUGGAUCAAUACAGAUGGCAUUGUUUUGGGUUGUCAUGGUCUAGAAAAAGAAGGAUGGUUCGAUCCCUGGGCCCUGCUGAUGGCCUACAAAAAACGUGCCAAAGAAUAUGGCGCCCAUUUCGUAAAUGGUGAAGUCGUGGGUUUCGAAAUGAAAGAUCAACCCGACAUUAUUGUGCGAGGCAAUACGGAAGGCGAUUAUCAGGCCUUGGAUAAAGUUGUGGUUAAAAUGGCCGAUGGUGAAACAAGAACAAUUAAAUUUGCCAUUUGUGUUUUGGCAGCGGGAGCAUACUCAGGAAAUAUUGCUCGCAUGGCCAACAUUGGUAUGGGAAAAGGACUGCUGGCUUUCCCAUUGCCUGUGGAGCCAAGAAAACGUUAUGUCUAUGUUAUAAACACCCAAGGAACAAAUGCUCCUGGAUUGGGUACACCCUUAACUGUGGAUCCUUGCGGCACCUAUUUCCGACGUGAUGGCUUGGGUGGCAACUAUUUGUGUGGCCGUAGCCCCACAUGUGAGCAGGAGCCUCCGGUGGAUAAUUUGGAUGUGGAUCAUGAAUAUUUCGAAACAGAUAUCUGGCCUAGUUUGGCAAAUCGUUGCCAGGCCUUCGAAUCGGCCAAGGUUGUGAAUUGCUGGGCCGGCUAUUAUGAAUAUAAUGUUUUCGAUGAGAACGGCAUCAUUGGGGCCCAUCCAUAUUAUAAUAAUAUGCUUAUUGCCACAGGAUUCAGUGGCCAUGGCAUACAACAGACACCAGCCGUGGGCAGAGCCAUAUCGGAAUUAAUUAUUGAUGGACAAUUUCGUAGCAUAGAUCUGACACGUUUGGGUUUCGAUCGCAUUGUUGUGGAUCGGCCCAUGUUUGAGACGAAUAUUGUGUAGCAAAAUGCAAAAAAAUGUGAUGUCCUUAGGAAGGCUAUAAUAAUUUCAAUGAAAUAAAGUGUUAAAUAAAUUUAGUGUAAAAUUUUUUUUGAUAAUCAAACUAUUGUUGUUGUUUUUUUAAUGUUUACACAAUAAACAUGAUUUUUAAAAACAAAACUUUAAAAAUUGUAACUAAGAAA